AUGACUCUGAACUACGAGUACGACGAGUCGGAUGAAACAUGGCCGUUCUUCUUGCUGACCGUGCUUUUGAUGGUGCUGGUGCCAGCGACGGUGGUACAGCUCUACAGAGCAGUGCGCCGCAAUGUGGGGGCACGGGACAUUACGGAGCUGCAGCGGAUACAGCAGAAGUAUAGUGGCGCGGCCGUGCAGGAUUACCAGCGGAAGCACCGGGGCCAGGGUCCUGCGGACGUGAUUUUCAGCAAACGCAGCGCGCUGAUAAUAGUGGGCUGGGUUCUUGUCUCGUAUCUGGUGAACAGGAUUGCAAGCAACGAAACGUUGCACGAUUCAUACAAAAAUGUGUUUGACCCCUACGAACUACUGCAGGUGGGGUCGGGAGCGACAGAUCGGGAGAUCAGGUCUGCAUACCGGAAGCUGUCUGUGAAGUUUCACCCGGACAAGCUGGCAAAGGACUUACAGGAUACGGAGCGCAGCGUGCUUGAGGAGCAGUAUGUGUUGAUCACGAAGGCGUACAAGGCGCUGACGGAUGACGCUACGCGGGACAACUUCCUGCGGUACGGGCACCCAGACGGGCCGCAAUCCACCACACAUGGAAUUGCCUUGCCGAAGUUCCUCAUUGAGGGCUCUGGGUCGCCCCUUGUUGUCGUUACCUACUUUUUACUGUUAGCACUGGUGCUUCCUGGCCUUGUUACUCGCUGGUGGGCGAACACUCAGUCGUACACGAACAAAGGUCUGAACACGGAGACUGCAUCGUAUUUUGUCGACAAACUGUUUAACAACAAGCCUUCGGAAACGGUGGAUGAGGCCACGAUCAUGAACUGGCUUUCCCAUGCGAAAGAGUAUAGAUCGAAGUACCCCGGUUUGACGGCGGAGGCGAUUGAAGGUAUUUUCCAAGACCACAUUCACAGGCGCCACAGCGGCCCAUUAGAGGGAUUCAAGUUUGAUAUUAUUGCAAAGUCUGCAGUACUUCUUCACGGUCUCCUUGAUAUUGCAGCAAGCUGCAGAAACACCGAAAUAUGCAUCGCCGUGAUUGAAACCUCGAAGUCCAUUGUGCAAGCGCUGCCAGCUUCUCCAAAUGCGCAAAUCCUACAAUUGCCGAAUGUCGAAAAGGACCGUUUCCUAGCCAACAGCAAGGGAGAGAACGUUCACACCAUUGGGAAACUAUUCACAUUUGACGAUAAUAAGAUAGGCAAACUGCUUGGGAUUGAAGACCCCGCAACUCUCAAGGAGACGCUCUACGUAGCGUCUCAAAUUCCUCAUCUGAAGGUUAUUGACGCGCAGUUCAAAGUGCCUGGUGAAGCAAGUGUAACUCCCUCAUCUACUCCACAUAUUGUGGUGAAGGUCCUGGUCCGUUCUGCAAAGCACAAAAUGAUCCCAGCGACUUUGAUACCCAAUGAAAAGCUGCAGGAAUCUGAAGACUUUGGAAGCUUGCGUGAUCCCUUUGCUGUAGUUAACGAACAGCCCCUGGUUCCUGCUACUUUUGCGCCUUAUUUUCCAACUGAGAGGCACGGUGGUUGGUGUGCUCUUGUCGUGUUGCAAAAGGAUGGGAAAAUUAUCCAAACUCCUCUCGUGAUGACCAGACUAUCCUUUGCAAAUUUGGCGAAAGACUUUGAUAAAAGAACCGUUCAGGAUCUCGACGCGGAAUUCAAUCCAGACGACUGGGAAGUUGGCACGAUUAAGAUCCCACUGGCGCAACCAGCUCCUCCUGAGAAGGGUGACUACUUCUUCCGGAUCAUUAUAAAAUCCACUGAAUACUUCGGUGGUGAUUUAGAUUUCACGAUGCCUAUGCAAGUCCGUGAACCAGUGAAGGAAGACGAGCUGGAUGAUACUGCGUCUAUUGGAGACGACACAGCUCAAGAGGAUAGUGAUAGUGAUGAGGAGAACGAACUCGACAACGAAGACAGCGACUACACAGACAUCGACACUGACACAGAAGUCGAGGACAAUAUCACCACUGCUGACUCUGUAGGGGAGAGCCCUGAUGAAACCGAGAAGUUAACCGCGGAAGAAUAG